CAGCAUUUGGUUUCCAGUCGCGUGCGUCCUGCGCGCGCGGGGAUGCGCAGACGAUCAGCUGAGCAGCGGAGGGCAGAUCCGAGCUCAGUCUGCGUGCGGGGCGUUCUGCGGGAGCAGCUGCGGGGAUUUGAGCUUCACGUGCUGCUUUCCCUGCGUUCGCGGAGGCGAUGCUGCAGACGGAGCUUCUCUAAGAUGAACGCAGACUGCACAAAGCCUUCUGUUGCUCCCAAGCCAAGAAUUGUUUGUCACGACAACCUGAAGCCGCCCUCCUCUCCUGCGUCAGCAGCCAGGCGUCCCAAACCCUCCAUAGCUCCCAAACCAAAAGCCACAGUGCUGCUCAAUGGCAGCCAGGAAAGGAUUCGUAAUGGCAUUGUGCCUUUUUCGCACGAUGAUGAUAAGCACAUUAAAAGUCAAAACAAAGUGGUUCUAGAAUCAUCUCCCUCAAAGAGAGCGCUAAAGGCGGAUAUCUUCAGAUCUCCACCAACACACUCGGUGACUGUGACAGAGGAGGAGACGGAGGAGGACGAUUUACUUCAAGAAAUAAUUGAGGAUUGGAGAUUGAGUGAUAACGCUCUAACAGAUGAAGCUGACUCCCUGGAAACGCUGUGGCUCAGUGAGGCCAGACUCACGGCGGACUCUGAGGGAACGAUGGACACCGAAGCCACAGAGGACACAGACGCUGAAGCUUUUGAUGCAGGGGAAGCUCUGGCCGACACCGAAGGCCUCUCGGUGGAAGACCUGUCUGUAGGUAGUGCUGAGGAGGAGGCGAGCAAAGAAAGUUCAGCCGAAGGUUUUCCUGAGGACAGUGUGAUGAAUGCAGAUGCUGUAAUAGAGGAGAAGGAGGAAGACGACUGUGGCUUCACUUGUACCAUCCUGAAGUUGAGGUGUGGCCAGACGACAAAGACUGAAGACCAGCAGGACGCAUGUGUCUAUGACUUCAGAGACGACGACCACGAGCAGGUUUGUGAGGCGGUGAUGGAUCGUGAGCCCUAUUGCAUUUGUGGGGAAGACAUCAUCAUCAGCAAAGAGUUGAAACCAGAGGACGAACACCCAGAAAUUACAUUUUCUACAGUAAGUAACAGCUUAAUAGUGAAUGGCAAAUGUGAGGAAAAUGAAAAGGAGGAGUACUUGUGCUUUGGUGACCGUGUGAGGACAGAAGACGCUAAGUUUGAUGCACUUGGAAACAAACUUAACAAUUUGAGUUUCAGACAGAACGCUGUGCUGGCAGAGACCGACACCUCGCUGACUUCCUCUCUCUCAGAAAGCCAACUUCUCUCCCCAAACAUAAGUGUUUUUGAGGACGAAGAUGCUCACAUCGUUCCCUUUCUGGACGAUACGGAGCAGGACACCAGCAAUCUUUACGAAGGCUUUGGUUCGUUGGCUCAAACGGGUUUCCCUUUCACCACCGGGAUCCCAUCGCCCUCUCUGUCACAGCGGAAUACAAACCACAUGGCGGACACUGGAGCCACACUUUUUCAGAAAUCCUACAAAAGUGGACUCCGACCACCGCCAAAAAGCUCCAGUCCCAUGUUGAACUCAACGCGGCACAAGAGCCUAACAAAACCAAACUAUUUGUCCUUGUACUCGCGCUCCCUCUCCAUGGAGGGGCAGGACGCACACCUGUAUGUCCACCGGGACGGCUCUCCCAGACAAAGAGGUGCCUUAUGUUCAUCCGACAGCUUCUCCAGGAGCUCGCCGCAGUCGUCCAGCGCCCUGUCCACACCCACGUCUCUGGUGGAUAUUCCUCCUCCGUUUGAGUUGGCCUACAUCACCAAGAGGCCCAUCACAAAAAGUUCUCCAUCACUUCUCACAGUGGGAGACUCCACAGAGAAAAACAGGAAGAAGAAAUCCUCCAUAAAGCGUUUCCUGAUGCUCAAGUUUGGUUGGAAAACAGACAAGCAGACGACAGAGGAAAAGAAGCCUUCGGCUGAUUCCAGCCGUCGACUGCUGGAGCUGGACAGACACAGCCUCAGCAGCUCUCCACGGUUGAACUCCAGGCCGCCCGGCAAGCCUCUGGUCUCACCGGAGCCGGCCUCUUCCUUUCUGUUCUACCAGGACAGCAGGAGGAAAGGGAACUCGGUGGCCUUCCUGAAUCGCAGCGUGGUCCGGGUGGAAUCCUUCGAGGACCGAUCCCGCGUGCCUUUCACCCCGCUCCCUCUCACCAAGCCCCGCUCCAUCUCCUUCCCCAACACAGAUACCUCGGAUUACGAGAACGUCCCUCCCAUCAGCUCGGACUACGAGAACGUUCAGGUGCCUCACUGGAGAGCCGCUCGGAUGGCGUCGCAAGCAGACUUCUUUGAGCGGUCGUUCCGGGCCGUGUCUUCGGCGAACGAGACGGACGGUUACGUGGACAUGAGCAGCCUGCCGGGGUUUGAGAAGAAAAGCCACUUCGCUAAACAGGACAGUGAAAGCGUCUCCACUGAUGAAUACGUGGUUCCUGUGGUCGUUGCUUCAAAGGUUGACUCUACGAGUGAGAACCAGAGAGAUCUGGGGGGUGAAGAAGACCAAGGACGCACCUCUGGAGAGGAAGACGGUGGGAUGGACAACUAUGACCGACAGCCUGAUGGUCAGUCCAGAGCUUUCUAUGUCGUCAUGGAUCUUGUGGAAACGGAAAGAGCACAUGUGGAUUCUCUCAAGAGGCUUCAAGAAGACUUCAGGGACGCUGUGGCCUCAGCGGUCGGGGAUGAAGGGCAGCCUGUUCUGGAUGACGGGAGACUCGGAGAGAUUCUCAAUGAGCUUCCUGAUGUUUACGUCCUACACCGCAAAAUCCUCAACGAGCUGGAAUAUCGAAUCCGCCACUGGGAGGACAGCCAGAGGAUUGCUGACAUAUUUCUGUCCAGAAAAGCGGAGUUCCUGGUCUUCACGACUUACAUCGGCCACUUCGACCGGAGCAUGAGUCUGCUGGAGAACAGCUGUCAGACGUCGCCUGCUUUUGCCGCCAUCAUUCAAAAGUUCGAGGAGCAGAGUUCCUCUGUUGGCAUCAAGCAGCAGCUGCUGCAGGUCAUCGUCCGGGUGGCUCGGUACCGAAUGCUCCUCACUGAUUACCUGAACAAUCUUUCACCCGAUUCCAGGGAAUAUGAAGACACCCAAGCUGCGGUCGGAGUCGUUUCUGACAUUGCAGAUCAGAUCAAUGACAACAUUCAACACGGGGAGAAUCUGCUGCGCCUGAUCAACAUCGCGCACAGCGUCCACGGCCAGCGGGACCUGCUUCAGCCUGGCAGGGUUUUUGUGAAGGAGGGCACGCUGAUGAAGGUCAGCAGGAAAAGCCGCCAGCCUCGUCAUCUGUUCUUGAUGAACGACGUGCUGCUCUACACCUACCCUCAGCAGAAUGGAAAAUACCGACUGAAGAAUACUCUGUCCCUCACCGGCCUCAAGGUCAGUAAACCCACCAUAGAAAAUGCCCCAAACGCUCUAAAGCUGGAGGGAGCCGACAUCUCCAUCAUUUUGUCUGCCAGUUCAUUCCUGGAAAGAGAAGACUGGUUCUACACUCUAAGCCGAACUGCGAGUGAACACGCGAGAGGAUCUGCUUUCAACAGCUGCUCCGGAGAGGUGAACACGUCCUCAACAUCCCGUCCUUCACUGAUGCAGACAUGUGACCGACCGUGUGUCUCUGUUCAGUCCAGAGAUGGUCUUAAACUGCUCCUGGGGGAGAAAGCUCCCACUCUCGUCCCCGUCUCACAAGUCAUGAUGUGCAUGAACUGCACGGCCGAUUUCAGCCUGACGCUCCGCAGACAUCACUGCCACGGCUGUGGAAGGAUCGUCUGUCGCAGCUGCUCCAGGAACAGAUAUCCACUCAAAUACAUGAAGGACCGCAUGGCCAAAGUGUGCGAUCGCUGUUACAGCGAGCUGAAGAAAAGAGGAGGAGAGAUCUCUGAGCUGUCCGGCAGCAGCAGCCCCCGCCUGCACCGCUCCAGCCGGCCGCUCUCCACCGUCUUCCAGAAUAUUCAUCCUCACAACAUUUGGCGAAAUCGAAAAGGGAUCAUAUCCUUCACCCAGGUGACGGUGUCGGAGGAAGGCUCCAUCAGCGGGACUUUACAGCGGAGCAAGAAGAGCAAGAAGAACUGGAAGAGACUGUGGUUCCUGCUAAAAGACAAAGUGCUGUACACGUACAGAGCCCAAGAGGAGCGGAUCGCUUCAGAAAGUCUUCCUCUGCUGGGUUUCACGGUGAAGCUUUCUGACAAACAUCCAGGAGACGAGGAGACAAACGUCUUCCAGCUUUACCACAAAGAAACUCUGUUUUACUCUUUUAAAGCGGAGGAUAACUUCACAGCCCAGAGGUGGGUAAAUGCCAUGGAGGAAGCCACCAAUCUGUAGAUCCAGCUGUUCUGAUGAACUCCAGUGAAAUGGAACAAAGGCUGUUUGUUAUGUCUGCAUGUUGCAACUUGACAGAGUGUCCUGAGGUAAAGAAAACGCCGUGUUCCUUGAGAGAGAACAGGAUCACCUACUUAGUCUUCCUCAGUCUCCUGCCGGCUGUUCCUGGCAGGUGUGACAUGAGAACCAAGAGCAGGUCCGGUUAUCUGCUGGUGCGGAAACCCAGCCAGCAAGGCCGAGUGAGGACAUGUGGUCUAAAAGUGGGUAGAGAAUGUGGGCCGCAGUUUGGUCUGUCUGCAGUUUCUGUGGUGGCCGGAGCUGUUUCCCCACAUUGACUUCAGUGGGCACUCAGAGGGUUGGCUCGCUACGCUAGCCAGCCUCCUUGUGCAUGGUCUCGCAUGCUAGCAAGCUCCACUGUAUCAAGCCACCGAGCCCUGCUGUAUUGAGCUAGCAAGCUCCGCUUUAUUGGAAUGGGAACUCCGCUGUGUAGAGCUAGCAAGCUCUAUUGUAUUAAGCUACCUAGCUAUGCUAUAUCGAGCUAGCAAGCUCCGCUUUAUCGGAAUGGGAACUCCGCUGUGUAGAGCUAGCAAGCUCUACUGUAUUAAGCUACCUAGCUAUGCUAUAUCGAGCUAGCAAGCUCCGCUUUAUCGGAAUGGGAACUCUGCUGUGUAGAGCUAGCAAGCUCUAUUGUAUUAAGCUACCUAGCUAUGCUAUAUCGAGCUAGCGAGCUCCGCUUUAUUGAGCUAGCGAGCUCCACUGUAGCCAGCUAGCAAGCUCCACUGUUUAAAGCUACCUAGCUAUGCUAUAUCGAGCUACCUAGCUCUGCUGUAUCAAGCUAGCGAGCUCCAUUUUAGCCAUCUAGCGAGUUCCAUUGUGUAGAGCUAGCAAGCUCCGCUGUAUUAAGCUACCUAGCUAUGCUUUAUCGAGCUAGCGAACUCCACUCUAGCCAGCUAGCAAGCUCUGCUGUAUUGAGCUACCUAGCUCUGCUGUAUCAAGCUAGCGAGCUCCACUGUAGCCAGCUAGCGAGCUCCACUUUAGCCAUCUAGCGAGUCCCGCUGUAUGGAGCUAGCAAGCUCUUCUUAAUCGAGCUAGUAAGUUCCGCUGUAUAGAGCUAGCAAGCUCCGCUAUAUCGAGCUACAAGCCCUGCUGUAUUGAGCUAGCGAAUUCCACUGUAGCCAGCUAACGAGCUUCGCUGUAUUCAACUUUCUCAAGCUAGUUAACCAUAGUUAGCUGAGCCGUAUUGAGUUAAAUAGCUUCACUGUAGCAAGCUAGCACACUCCGCUUUAUCAAGCCACUGAGCAUCACUGUAUCAAACUAGUGAGCUUGGCUGUAUCGGGCUAACGAGCUCUGCUAUGGCGAGUCAGCGAGCUAUGCUGUAGCAAGCUAGUGACCUCAGCUAUAUUGAGAUAGCUAGCUCUACUGUAUUAAGCUAGCGAGCUCCGCUGUCCACUGGUCGGCUGGCUAGCGUAGCGAGCCAACCCACUGAAUUCCCACUUAAACCAAUGUAGACAAACACAGGUGGGAGUGGGACCACCACAGAAACUGGGGUCAAACCCACUGGGGUCCACAGUUUCUGCCCACUUUUAAACCGUUUUUGGACCUUUUAGCUUUGCUGGCUGGGAACGUUCCACACACUUGACUUCUCCUAAAGCAUCUUUUACAAAUGAGUUUUACAGAAGACUAAAAAUCUGCCUACAUAUGAUUUGAUUUGUCUCUAAUGCAUCGCAGGAUUUUUCUUUUCCCGUCUUCAUGGUGCUGAAAACAGGAGCUGAACUCUCAGACUCAGAGGAUCAAACCUGGAACCUCACAUUCAGUCUGUGCCAUUCAUGCCUUUAUUGUUUUAAGUGCUCUUUUCACUGCAUUUGAAUCAUUCAGAGGAAGCAUGUGGAAACACACACGACUCCAGUAAAGAAUGUAAACAGUGAAUCAGUGGAUUAUUUAGCAUGGAUAUAGAGAAGUGUUCUUUUUCAGACCUGUGAGAAGAACUGACCAUCCUUGGGGGCAUUUUAAUUUAAUUUUUUACAAUGAGUGCAAUGUAAAUGUAUAUUUAUGUAAAAGAUUAAACGCAGGAGUCUCAUCAUAUUUGUACUGUACAUGCAGAUGUGUGUAUAUUUACAUGAGUAUAAAGUGAUGGAAGCUGU